GGGACUUGCUGGCGUCGGGCCACACAAGUCACACUGCACCUGCAGGUCGCCGCCUGUCUCCCCGCCUACAGGUAGGGAGCGUCUUCACGCCGAGUCCCGGGACCGCGGCUUCCAGGGCACAUUAGAGCCAGAGUCCUAGACCUUUUAAGGAUGGAGAGAGAAGGCAACAGGGAAACACGAUGGGUUAAAAGGCAGUAGAGCCCUGCACGGCUAAGACCUCAGAAUCUGUCUGGUGACAAGAUAAUUCCAGAAGCAUGAGAAUAUUUACCAUUGCCACAUUCACAGUCUGCUGUCACUUGCUAAGAGCAUUCACCAUCACGGCUCCCAAGGACCUGUACGUGGUAGAACAUGGCAGCAAUGUCACGAUUGAAUGCAGAUUCCCGGUAGAACACCAACUGGACCUGCUCGCCUUAGUUGUCUACUGGGAGAAGGAAGACCGUCCAGUUAUUCAAUUUGUAGAUGGAGAGACAGACCAGCAAGAUAGUAGCUUCCAGGGGAGAGCCUCGUUGCCAAAGGAACAGAUUUUAAAGGGAAAUGCUGGGCUUCACAUCGCGGACGUGAAGCUGCGGGACGCCGGUGUUUACUGUUGCAUGAUCAGCUAUGGCGGCGCAGAUUACAAGCGGAUCACACUGAAAGUCAAUGCCCCGUACCACAAAAUCAACCACAGAAUUUCCAUGGAUCCAACCACGUCUGAGCACGAACUGACAUGUCAGGCUGAGGGCUACCCAGAAGCUGAAGUCAUCUGGACAAACAGUAACAACCAGUCCCUGAGUGGCAAGACCACUGUCACCACUUCCCAGACAGAAGAGAAGUUUUUCAAUGUGACCAGUACUCUGAGGAUCAACGCAACAGCCAAGGAUGUUUUCUACUGUACGUUUUGGAGAUUACAGUCAGGGGAAAACUACACCGCUGAGUUGAUCAUCCCAGAACCACCUGCAGAAUUUCUCCCAAAUAAGAGGACGCACUGGGGACUUCUGGGAGCGCUUCCGCUGUUCCUUGUAUUCCUCUUCUUCUGCGUAAGAAAACGAGUGAAAACUCUAGAUGUGGAGAAAUGUGGCUUUGAAGACACAAAGUCAAAACACCAAAACGAUACACAGUUCGAGGAGACGUAAGCAUCACGGAAUCCUCUGAUCUUCGAGGCGGGAUUGGCAGUCUGUGGUCUGUGAAUGAAGGGGCCCUUGGGAUGUGGGUCCAAGGACUCGAAAUGGAACCUGGGAAGAGAAGAAAACGGAGAAAAAGGGAACCUGGGAAGACAAGAGAAGAGAGAAAAAGGCGAAACUGGGACAAAGGACAUUUCUGCAGGAGACACCAACAAGCAAGUUACCCAUUAAUCAUCUUGGAAAAGUGGGCUGAGAACCCCUGGCUCAACAUCUGGCCCUUGCAGAAGUGCCCUUUCCCUCCACUCGGUGCCUGGAUGGGCGGCGGAGUCACAAGUGUUGAAGGAUGAGUGUUCCUAUUUAUUUUGAGUGUGUGUAUGCUUGUUGUGGGAGUGUGGCUGUGCGUGAUGCGCUCUAAAGACAUAAUAGAUGUUAACAUACGUCACCAGACUCUACUGCUGAUUAUCAUCCUGUCCACAGGCAGAAAAGCAUGCGCACGUGUGAGGUGCUCGGUGUCCUCUGUGACUGCUGGUGUGAGCGGGACACACGGAGAACACAUGCUUGGUUCCACAGGGCUCUUGCUAUUCGACUUGAAUCAUCUUUAUUCUCAGUCCUUGAGGCUCUGUGGUAGCAAUUGUUCCGUUGAAGUGUCAGCUUUACAAGUGUCUGAUACUGCAUGCAACAGUCUCAUUUCAUCUCCAUAGCAACAACCCUCAGGGUAACCUCUGUUAUAUUCCCUUCCUAGCCCAAGAAGCUGAGCAAUUAAGUAACUUGCCCACAGAAUAACAGCUAUCAGAUUUCUGUCCUUCAGCCACUGUCCUUUCAGGAUACAGUUUGUAGCUAAGAAAUGAAUUUAAAAACUGCUUAAGUAGCAUUGAUUUCACACAGCCUUGUGUACCAUGCUGGCCCUGAGCAUAGAGAUGCAAGCCAGGGUACUGGUUGGAUAUGCAUAUGCUUAAGUUCAAUACUCAAAGCAAUGUUCAUUAACAAGGAGUCUAUAUUUAAAAGACUCUGGAAGUAACUCUUGAGUUCCUUGUCUAGCAUUGGAUUUACAUAUGAUUUGUUACUUUCGCCAUACAAUCUCACAUCCUCCUUGUAAUAUCUAGCAUUGCUUAAAAAUUCUUUUUUCUUUUUCUAUCUAAAUGAUAUUGAGGGUUGGGAGACAGCUCAGUUGUAAAACACUUUCCUCACAAGGUAUAAAACCUCAAGUUUGUCCCCCAGAACCCACAUCCAAAAACAGCUGGGUAUGUCUGCAUGCGUUUCAUCCCAGCACCAGGGAGGCAGAGACAGGCAGAUCCUUAGCUCUCAUUGGCUAGCCUAUCUAGCCUGCUUGAUAAGCGCCAGGCUUAUGAGAGCUGAUACCUCAAAAAAUGAUGUAGACAGUGCCUGAGAAAUGAUGCCUGCACACACACAUGCAACACACAUGCACACGCAUGCACCACACAUGCACACACACAUGUACCAUACAUUUACAUGAACACACAUACAAUCCAAAUACAUAUCAACAGGGUGCUGACUCAGAACGGUCCCAAAGACAAAAUAAAACUCUAUUCCAUCACCCUAGCCCUGCUAACCCCUUCCCAGAAGCAACUGGUGUUGUUCUUUGCACAUAUAUUUUCCCAAAGACGGGUAAUAGGUAGACAUAUAUGUUAGAGUACCUAUAUUUUUCUAAUUCCUAAAUAGUAGCUCACUGUGUAUUUGCUAUAUUUGCCCUUUUUAUUUAAUGUACUGAUCCUUAUGCAGCUGCUGGAACCUACUUAAAGAUCCAAGAAGGGAACUGCCUCCUUUCUAGGGUUUUCCUUCCCAUCCUUCCAUACUGCUUAGGCCAGGCACUGUGUCUGCUCUCCCUACCUGUAAAAUACCAUUUAUAGAGCACUUACUUACUUGCUGACUGAGUUUGUGUUUGGUUUAUUUUGUGUCUGCUCAAAGGGAGGCCAUGAGUCCCCAGGGUGCACUGAAUCAACCCGACACCAAGGAGUCGGUAGCCUUCUCCGUCACUCAGAGAGAUGCAGAUCUGGAGCAGGGCUGGCAUUGCUGUUUUCCCUCUGCUUCUUUUCUUAAACACAGAUGCUCCGCUUGCUCAUUACAGGUUCUCCCUGGAAAUCCCAGCAUUGCUCCUCCUGCUGGUUGCCCUGGACCUACCCUUGUUUCAGGAAAAGCCCCUUAGCUCUGCCUGAACCCUUGAAGGUCACUGCCUCUCAUUGCCACAGGGGCCUCAAAGAUAAUGUUUUCUUGGGGGAGGAGGGGAGAAAGAGCCCAGAGCUUUCUUCCAGUCCUCCUUAGUCCCAUGUCAGGGCUGAAGAAACAGGCCAGGUGCGGUGGUGCAUACAAGUCUCUAAUCCCAGCCUUCGGGAGGAGAGGCAGGCAGAUCUCUGUGAGUUGAGGCCAGCCUGGUCUACAUAGAGUCCAAGCCAGCUAGGGCAACAUAGUGAAAUCCUCUCUCAGAGGUAAGACUGAUGAAUCAGAACCCCCAAGGGAACUCUUCUGUUACCUGUUCACACGUUUAUUUGCAGGAUGAUUCUCAUGACAAUGUUCUGUUUGUAUGAAGUUUAAGAAAAUAUAUAGUCGAGCGAGACUCCACUUACUCACUUUAUUUGAAAUCUUAACACCGUCUCACGGCGUUGGAUUGUAACUGCACUUUAUACUUUUGUGUUGUGGAUCGCCCUAAAUGUAAAUUUAUACUUUAUACUUUUGUGUUGUGGAUUGCCCUAAAUGUAAAUUUUAUUUUGCAUCUAAUUGUCAUUGUGUUGCAUUAAUUUAAUAAAAUAUUCUUAUUUAUUAAA